AGCACUUACAGAUCUUAGAUUGUACAGCAAUAAUUUAUCAGGUGCUCUGCCUCCAGACUUCGGUCGAUAUUCACCACUGGUAGGUUUCCAGGUUUCUUCUAAUCAACUUACGGGGAGGCUGCCUGAACAUUUAUGUGCUGCUGUGGGAAAAUUCCUGUGGGGCUAUGGAUGGCAUCAAAUCUGUCAUAUGUGAGGAUAAGUGAUAAUAUGUUUACAGAUGAGCUUCCUGAAAAAAUGUCUGCGAAUCUAUCUUCUCUUGACAUCAGCAACAAUAGGUUCUCUGGUAAAAUUCCUGCUGGAGUAAGUUCUUGGAGGAAUCUGCAGGUGUUUAAGGCCAGUAAUAACCUCUUUACAGGUACAAUUCCAGGAGAACUAACUGCUCUUACUUCUUUAACGAUUAUUUCACUUGAUCAAAACCAGCUCUCGGGUUCCCUUCCAGCAAAUUUGAUCUCAUGGAAAAAGCUUACUACAUUAAACCUAAGAGGAAAUCAGUUAUAUGGAGAAAUUCCAGAGGAAAUUGGUUCUCUAUCAGUCCUUAAUGAAUUGGACUUGUCAGAAAACCAGUUUUCCGGGCAAAUUCCAACUCAACUUGGCUUUUUGAAGCUGAUCUUUCUCAACCUCUCUUCCAAUCAUCUCACUGGAGAAAUCCCAAGUGAGUUUGCAAAUGGUGCAUUUGACAGCAGCUUCUUGAACAACCCUGGUCUCUGUGCAAAGAACUCAUUAGUAAACAUUAAAAUCUGCAGUUCUGAUUCUUCUGUACCCCGAAAAUCAAGGCAAAUUUCAUCCCAAAAUCUCACUUCAAUAUUGAUUGCCAUCCUUGCUGUCUUUUUGUUUGCUUUGCUUUGUUCAUUCUUCAUAUUCAGAAUUUUCCUCAAGAGAAAACAUGGACUGAAUAGAAGUCUUGAGAUCACUUCAUUCCAAAGGUUGAAUUUCACAGAAAAUGAAAUUCUGACAAAAUUGAUAGAAACUAACAUGAUUGGAUGUGGUGGGUCUGGAAAAGUAUACCGAGUUCCUGUAAAUUCUUCAGGUGAUUUUGUUGCUGCCAAAAGGAUUUGGAAUAACAGAAAGUUAGACCAGAAACAAGAGAAACAAUUCAUAGCAGAAGUUGAAGUAUUAAGUAGAAUUAGGCAUUUGAACAUAGUAAAAUUACUUUGCUGCAUUUCAAAUGAGAAUUUGGAAGUUCUGGUUUAUGAGUAUAUGGAGAACCGUAGCCUGGAUCUGUGGCUACAUAAAAGAAGCGCCCCAUCAAUUCUCUCUGGCUCAGGCUCAGUCCAUCAUUUUGUCCUCGACUGGCCCAAGAGGAUGCAGAUUGCCGUGGGGGCUGCUCAGGGGCUGUGCUACAUGCACCAUGACUGUUCUCCACCCAUUGUCCACCGGGAUGUGAAAUCAAGCAAUAUCCUGUUAGAUUCGGAGUUCAAUGCAAAAAUAGCUGAUUUUGGCCUGGCAAAAACACUGGUAAAGAAGGGAGAACCCGAAACAAUGUCAUCUGUGGUCGGCUCCUUUGGGUACAUUGCUCCAGAGUAUGCACAUACAACCAAAGUGAAUGAGAAGACAGACAUUUACAGUUUUGGAGUAGUCCUUUUGGAGCUGACAACAGGGAGACAAGCUAACUAUGGUGAUGAAGACACAUGCCUAGCCAAAUGGGCAUGGCGAUUUCUGCAAGAUGAGAAUCAGAUAGUUGAUGCUUUGGAUGCUGAAAUCAAGGAAGCCUGCUAUCUGGAUGAGAUGAGCAGAGUAUUCAAACUUGGGAUCCUCUGUACCAACAGGCUACCUGCUAAAAGGCCAAACAUGAAGUCAGUGCUGCAAGUUUUAGUUAAUCCUCUGGUUAUUUCCCAAGAGAAGAGUGCUGCUUGUAAGUUUGAUGCGAUUCCGCUGCUUGCGAAUUCAGGACAGAACAGGUAAUGCUCAGCGUAAAUUUUCUUGCUUUGUUUGUAGUAAUUUUGACAGAUUAGUACGCUUUUGCCUCUCAAGAAUGGAUGGCAGGUAAUUAUGUACAAAUUGUGGGUGGAAUAUACACAUUUGAACUGGUAAAAUUGAAUAUAAAUACAUGCAUCUCUGCGUCGCUUGGCUA